UGUGGAAAAGACAUCAAAAGCAGAUGCGAUUCUCUGCUCCCGGCUCAGUUCAGCAGCUGCCGGGGCUUUCGUAUAGAUCACAGAAGAGAGAGCGAGCGAGUCCAGCGUGUGCGCCAAGUUGGACGACGACAGCACAUUCAUUUUUCCCCCGCUUUCUUUGAUUAUUCUCUCUCAUUUGCUCAAAACGGUUCAUCGUCGGUUCAGAAAAGAAAUGCAAAAUGAUUGUGCGUCGAUCGACAGUGAACCUUUUCUUCGUUUUCUUCAACUUCAUCGGGAUCGUCCAAGUCUUUUUCACAGGUGUUAACUGUUUGCAGAUUACAGAUUUCUUGGUUCCGCUAGCGGCCAAAGUGGGCGAAGACCGCCAAUUGAGUUGCCAAUAUCAGUUGGGCAGCAACGAAACGCUUUACUUCCUUCGGUGGUACAAGGACGGCAACGAGUUUUUCCGUUACAUGCCCAAAGAGACCCCGGCCCAGCGUGUUUACAACGUGUCCGGCGUUAGAAUCAAAACACUUUCAUCGACUUCCACCAAUGUGGUGCUGACAAAGGUGGAGGCAUCGACGAGUGGCCUGUACCGCUGCGAAGUUUCGGCCGAAGCGCCGGGAUUCGAGACCGCCGACAGAGAAGCGCACUUCAAUGUUAUCGACGGACCUAAAGGACUUCCCUUUGUGACCGUGUCCAAAGUGACUGUCGACGAGAGCAUCGCCAACGAAACGAUCGUGGCCAAUUGCAGUGGCAUGGAGGGCAUUCCAGCCCCUCAGCUCUCCUGGUCUUUGGCAUCUAUUCCCGUCCCCAACGAUAAACAGUUUGUCGUCCAAUGGGUUCAAAAUGGCAUUGCUGACAAUUUGAAGCGAACGACUUCGAUGCUGAUUUUGCCAAUCGAUUGGAUCAUCCAGGUCGUCAACAGACUCGAAAGGUCACGGGCAUUGGCUGGCCUGGUCAAAGGUUCCGACGUCGUUUUGCCACUUAUUUGCACUUCACACAUCCUGGGCUUGUUCGAAGAAUCCGACAAACAUGACAUUAGGGUCAUCAGGAAUUCGCCAACUACUUGGGCUCCGUCGUCGAUUCCGGGAAGUCGCGUUGCCAUCAAAUUGGCAAAAUCGGCGACGUCUAUCAAUUCAUCGGCUACUGGCCUCAGCACUCGGCACGGAGCGUUUACCAAUGUUUCCUCCAACAUCACGACCCAAUUCUUCAGUCGGCUGAUUUUGGCAGGAUUUAUUUUGAUGUUCUCAUCAACGUGGUCCAUCUGUCGCAGUUCAUUUUGAUUUUCAUCUGUAAUUAUUUCAAGGAAGAAUAUUUAUAAAAUCCCAGCAGACCUAUAUACUGUACCUAUAUACAUCAGCGCUAUGGAAUAAAAGACAAUUGGCUGAGAUCUGAACACUUAGAAUACGUAGCGCGUAGCGGAAUUUGAAUACCUUUUAUGACACAGUGAUCGUUAUCCCCCUCUCUCAUAUUAUAUUGAGCUCGACACUUUUUGCCAUGCCAUUUUGGUUUUAUUUUUGUUUUCUUUCUCUUUUGCUUACUUGUUGAAUGUUGAACAUUGAUGAAAGAUCUCUUCUAUACACAAGCCUCAAGUUACUCAUUAAGGAAUGAAAGUUAUGUAUACGUAACAUAUACGUAACGUCGUUUAGUUCUCGUUUUUCUAUUCAAAAAUGUCACUAACAAAUUUCGUUCGUCUGGAUUCUUCUCUGAGCCAAGCAGCAUUGAAUUGCAUUUUUUUUUUAAAUUAAACGACGCACUGUCUAUAAAUGAUUUCUAAAUGAUCUCCAGUUCAAUACAGUAUAUAUAAUAAUAUACUCAAUGAUGAAUUGCAAUUUGUUUCAAUACAUUUUUCUGUGUUACUGUU